CUUUCAGCAGCUAGCAACGCGUAGGGAAGAGGCGCUAGGAUCUCAUGAGGAGAGAGGGCUUUUCCCUGUGCCUGGACAGUGUGCUCAGUCUGCAGAGAUGCCAGACAGACAGCCUAAAACCUGCCAGAAGGACAGAAAGGGCCUGAGGCUCCUUUUCCUGCUGCUUCCCAUCCUGUUAGGUGAGUAUCCCUGACCAAAAAUGGUUCCCUCAGUCCUGGAAAGAGGAACCGGCUCCUGAAGAAAAUAAUCAUCUCUUGACAAUGUGUCUCACAGCUCUUGGCUGCUCGCGUGGUGCAGUGAUGUGGCUCAAGGAUGUGUCGUGGGUAAGUGCCUCUUGCUGUGGGGAAGUCAGCAUCUGCAAAGGCCAUGGCUCUUCCCUCCUGCCUUCCCUGAGAACAUGGGGUGCCUGGUCAGAAAUGCCGAUCACCACUGGGGCGGUGUUGGGGGGAGGCACCUGUGCUCAUCCUCCGGUCUCCUUAGUGGCUUGAUGGGGUUCAGCAUGGGGCUCCUCCUCAGUGACCUCCACAGGGUGUCAGGCUGAAGAGGGGAGCGCUUUGCCAGAAGGUGCCUUUGCUGCUUGCAUACCUCUUGGAGGGCUGUGGGGUUCAGAUGGAGACCCAAAAGCUUCUCUGCUGAACGUGGCUGGUUAGGGAACCCAACCUUUGGGUCAGGGUUUCUCCAAAGUGACUCAAAGCAGCAGGGUGUUCUUCCAGCUCUACCUGGGGUAGUCUCCUUUGGGAAGCCCUGGCAGUGAUCCUCAUGCUGGUGCGGUACGUUAAUUUUGCAGGAGAUGUCCGGGCCUCAUGGAUCUGAGCAGGAACUACUGGGGAAUUUAGAGGCCUCGGUGAAGCAGGAGUUGCAGGACUUCAAGCAGAAGGUGACUCAGGUGGCUUCUGCGAGUGGGAGGAUACUGCAGAUUGUGAGACAGGUCCUCAAAGACCGUGCUGUCCAAGAGGAGCAAAUAGAGGAAAUUCUGCAGCUGGCAGAGGUGUCAUUUAAGAAGGUGCUUCAGAACUAUGUCGUGAUGCCUGACUGGGCUCUGGAAUCCAUGGGUGCCAGCAUCGAUGAGGAGAGGACAUCCAAGACUUACGGUGGGCAAGGCAUGAUGACCUGGCUGCUUUCUCUAUUCACCUUCUCAUUUGCAAACCCCCCAGUGGCAAUCUUGCAGCCCAGUAUUAUCCCUGGCGACUGCUGGCCUUUCCAGGGAUCUCAGGGCCACGUGGUCAUCCGGCUGCCUCAGUAUAUCCAGCCAACAGCUUUCACCGUCUGGCACAUCUCCAAGGCAGUGUCCCCCUCUGGGGAAGUCGUCAGCGCCCCCAGAGAGUUUACUGUCUUGGGAGUGGAUGAGGCAAUGGCAGAAACUGUCUUGGGAACAUUUACCUACGACGUGCACAAGGAGAUCGCUCAGACGUUCUAUGUGCAGAAAGAGCUUCCCGGGACCUUUUGUUACAUCAAAUUCCAGGUGCGGAGCAACUGGGGAAAUCCAGAGUACACGUGUGUGUACCGAGUACAGGUUCAUGGGAUGCCGGCGAGGCACGACAACGCCUGAAGGCCCUAGAGCUACUUUAGGAAAGAUAAUAAAACAAGGACGUGUGCA